AUGUACGUAUUUGGGGCUUCAGUUAUUGUCAGAGAAACUGUUGAGGAACAUAUGACUGGCAGACUAUGGUAUUUUACAAGCCUGCACACUGAUAAACUGGGUAGGGAAUAUGAAUGGGUAUUCACUUACAAACAGAGCACGAUCACACACCAAAAAGUAACGCCUAUGCAUCAAACAAGCACAGAGAGCGUGGAAGACAUGGCAGCGCUCGUAGAUCUCCAUGAAGGCUCCAUUAUGCACAACUUAUUCCAGCGAUAUCAGCAAGAUAAAAUCUAUACCUACAUUGGUUCGAUAGUUGCCUCUGUGAACCCCUACAAGAGCAUCCCGGGACUGUACGACCGCGCCGCCGUGGAGAGAUACAGCAAGCACCACAUGGGAGAGAUCGCACCUCAUAUCUUCGCUGUGGCGAACGAGUGCUACCGCUGCCUUUGGAAGCGCCACGACAACCAGUGUAUCCUCAUCAGUGGCGAAAGUGGUGCUGGUAAGACAGAAAGCACUAAGCUGAUUCUCAAGUUCCUGUCUGCAAUGAGCCAACAUUCGCUGGAGCUGUCCUGUAGAGAAAAGACCUCCUGCGUGGAGCAAGCUAUUCUUGAGAGCAGCCCUAUUAUGGAAGCUUUUGGCAAUGCGAAGACUGUUUACAACAACAACUCAAGUCGCUUUGGGAAGUUUAUUCAGCUGAACAUCUGUCAGAAAGGAAACAUUCAGGGAGGAAGAAUUAUAGAUUAUUUAUUGGAAAAAAAUCGUGUAGUAAGACAAAACCCCGGGGAAAGAAAUUAUCAUAUAUUCUAUGCUCUGCUGGCAGGGAUAGAAGAGAGAGAGAAAGAUGCUUUUUACUUAUCUGUACCGGAGAAUUACCACUACCUGAAUCAGUCUGGAUGUGUAGCGGAUAAGACAAUCAGUGACAAAGAUUCUUUCAAGGAAGUCAUUACUGCAAUGGAAGUGAUGCAGUUCAGCAAGGAGGAGGUGCGAGAAGUUUUGAGGCUGUUGGCUGGCAUUUUGCAUCUCGGAAAUGUUGAGUUCAUCACUGCUGGUGGGGCACAGGUGUCCUUUAAAACAGCUCUGGGUAGAUCUGCUGAACUACUGGGGUUGGACUCCACACAGCUAACUGAAGCGUUGACACAGAGGUCAAUGAUACUCAGGGGAGAAGAAAUCCUAACACCUCUUAGUAUACAACAGGCAAUAGACAGCAGAGAUUCUAUGGCUAUGGCACUUUAUUCUCAGUGUUUUGCUUGGGUCAUUAAGAAAAUCAACAGCAGAAUCAGAAGCAAGGAAGACUUCAAGUCCAUUGGAAUUUUGGACAUAUUUGGAUUUGAAAACUUUGAGGUAAACCGUUUUGAGCAGUUCAAUAUUAAUUAUGCAAAUGAAAAGCUUCAGGAGUACUUCAACAAGCACAUCUUUUCCUUGGAGCAACUGGAAUACAGCAGGGAAGGACUAGUUUGGGAGGAUAUUGACUGGACAGACAAUGGAGAGUGCUUGGAUCUUAUUGAAAAG